CUAUUGAAAAUCCAACAGCUAAGCUCGUCUCGUCCCUCUCUCUCUCUCUCACUCACUUCCAAUGCAGAGACAGUCCCUGGGUUCACCCGUCUCCAAGUUCUACAGCCAUGGUGGAGCAGCCAAAGACGACGCUCUCACUGCGGCGGAUGAUUCUAGACACAGAGACUUCAUUUCCUCAUCACUUUCUGGCUAUGACGACGACGACGAAGAACACCGCAAAUCAUCAAAACUUGUUCGCCGAUUCUCUUCGUCUUCACCAUCGUUUUCUUUAUCAUCAACGCCUCCCAAUCCUGAGAAACUCGUUCACUUUAUACCGCUUCUCACUCUCCUCUGCUUUCUCGUUCUUUACCUCGUGUCUCACAAUCCCUCUCAAUCUGAUCUAGCUCAGUUUCACGGAUUCAAGCCAUCCUCGAAGCAUAUAGAUUCAACUGAAAAUCUUGGCGUCGGCGCCGGACUUAGCGACGUCCGGAGAAGCGACAUUUUGGCGAUUCGAAGCCUCAAGAACUUGCAAGAGAUUAAACGCGCCUCUCCGAAAUCUCGGUCACACAGAAAAAUCGGCGACUUCUAAGGCGCAUUCUGGGAUUCUCUACUCGCCUGUGGGUUCUCUCUCCUCUUUCGUGGCACGUGCGUUACUGUUCCAUUUUUUUUUUUUUCGCGCAUGUACAUUUGCAUGUGAAUUUUUGUUGAUUUUGGAUUGUGAAAUCAUUUUGUAUCUCCUUCUGUUUGGUUUUUUAUUAUUAAAAAGUUUACUGCAUGGUUCAUUUAUUUC